AUGUUCAUACCUACAAUGACUUCCUCUAACCCACUCAAAAUUAUAGAUAUUUCAGGUGAUUCUGCCAAAGUUGCUAAAGAACUUCUUGAUGCAGCUACUACUCAGGGUUUUUUGUUUCUUGAAGGUCACGAUUUCACCCAAGAUGAGGUAGAUCAAUUAUUUUCCUUAUCUAAGGAAUUUUUCAAUUUAUCAAAUGAAUAUAAAUCAAAAUAUGCUGUCAAUUCUUCAAAUCAUGGAUACGCAAGUUUUGGAAAAGAAAACCUCGAUCCAUCAGGACAAGAAAAAGGUGACCCUAAGGAAGCCUUGAAUUUUGCUAAUUUGAAUUUUAAAACUGGAGAAUCUGGAUACCCCAUUCCUGAUUGGUUCAUUGAAGAUAAAUCUAGAAAUGAAUUAGUUUCAAAAACUAUUGUCAAAUUAUACCAACUCUCAGUGAGAAUUCUUUGUUAUCUUGCUCAAGCAUUAGAGAUUGAAGAUACUGAAAGUACUAAAGGACAAGAUUGGUUUACAUCUAGGUAUGCUCCUGAACUACCUUCUGGUUCUGCAUUUAGAUUCCUCCAUUAUCCAGGUCAAAAAUCCUUAAAUCCAGAAAGUGUUAUUCGCGCAGGUGCACAUACAGAUUAUGGAUCUAUGACACUCUUGUUUCAAAGAGAAAAUCAAGAAGGGUUAGAGAUUUAUUCACCAAUAUCUAAAAAGUGGGAACAAGUACCAUUUGUGGCUUCGUCAACUAACAACCAUAUGGCGCCACCUAUUGUGGUUAAUAUUGGUGACUUGUUAAGUUAUUGGACCGCUGGGUUACUUAAAUCAACAAUUCAUCGUGUCAAAUUCCCAAAGAAAGUACAAGAAACUGGUCAAGAUCGAUACUCUAUUGUAUUUUUCAGUCAUCCUAAUGAUGAUGCAUUGUUGGAACCGGUGCCAAGUGAAAUCAUUAGAAAAAUUGACGGAAGAGGUGCUAAUAAAAAUUCACAAACAAUAACUGCCAAAGAGCAUUUGCAAAAGAGAUUGGCUGCUACCUAUGGUUGGAAAUAG